AGUACUACACUACACAAUGAAUUACGAAAAAAAGACACACAAACCACUCAAUCCUGUGAAGAGCACUAAUUUCUUUUCAAAAUUAUUUUUUACUUACACUGCCAAACUCUUUCUAAAAGGAUACAACAAAGAGCUGAUUGAAAGCGAUAUAUACCAAGUACUGCCAUCGUACGAGUCGAAACAGUUAGGACAAAAACUAGAAAAAGAAUGGACGAAACAAGCAAGAAACAACCGAAACUCCUUACCACACCUUCUGUUCAAAUGCUUCGGCAAAGAGUACUUUCUACUAGUACUAACUUUAAUCAUUCCGCUAACUCUAACAGCUGUGAAACCCCGAUUGACCAAAAGAUUUAUUUUGUACUUCGCGUCGGACCGUACUACUUUUCCAAAAAGCGAAGCGUGCGCUUAUGGGGCUUUGUUGGUACUAGUAGAGUUCGCUACAGUUUUAUACGUCAAUAACUUCGAUCGAAGAAUCAUCACAUUUUCUCUAAAAAUCCGCGCUGGUCUCACUUCUCUGAUCUACAGACGAGUUCUAGAUUUGAAGUCGGUAUCGAUUGGCAGAAGUGUUAAUCUUAUCACGAAAGAUGUGUCAGAGUUUGAAGAAUUCCUACUAAUGGUGACUUUAAUGCUGAGAGAUGUCUUGAACAUUUUGGUUUUGUGUUACGUGUUGUACACAGAAGCUGGUUGGCUGUUCGUGAUUUUGAUUUUCAUUAUUGUUACGGCGGUGACUAUCAGUGGAAUUUUGGCAUUUUUUGUGAAGAAACUCCAAGUCAGAACUUUGGCAAAGACGGAUAUGAGGCUUCAAACCACUAAAGAGGUUUUGGGGGGGAUAUCGUUGAUAAAGUACUACCAAUGGGGUGACUACUACCAACACAAAAUCCAAGAAAUUAGAAAAAAAGAAGUGUCUCUUCUUACUAAAGUAUUUAUCUUGUUGAGUACCAGUAUCAUAAUUUCGUCUUCAGUUAUUGAUUUUUCGUGGUACAUCAUUGUGGUUGGCUUAAUAUUUUCCGGAGUUAAGUCAAAUGUUGGUACUCUCUUUGUCAUAUUAAACAGUCUUAACGCACUUCGUUUGCCUCUACAACAUGUCUUACCACGGGCAGUACUCGAAUUUGCAACAAUAAUCGCUGCUAUCACAAGAAUCGAAAAUUUUCUUAGAGCAACAAGCAGAAACAUCGACGAACCGUCCACAAACAUUCCUUUAUUGAGUGUGAAAACGCCACACGUGGAGUUUGAAUACAGUAGUGGAAUCACGGCCAUAACCGGACCAGUUGGUGGCGGAAAAACAUACUUUUUAACAAUUUUGGCAAAAGAAGAUAUGAAAAGUUUUGCUUAUGCAUCUCAGGAACCGUGGCUUUUUCCAGCCACCAUUAAGCAGAACAUUUUGUUUGGAAGUGGUUUCGACCAAGCGCGAUAUCUGGAAGUUCUAAGAGUUUGUGCUUUGCUUGACGAAGUACAAGACUCGACGGUGGUGGCAGAUAAAGGAGCUAACCUGAGUAAAGGCCAACAAGCAAGAAUCAAUCUGGCACGAGCUGUUUACAAAGACUGCGACGUCUACUUAAUCGACGAUUGUUUAUGUCAUUUGGAUGUGAUGGUCGCAGAUUUCGUUUACGAAGAGUGUUUGAGAAAGUUUUUGAAAGACAAAAUAACUCUUGUGGUUACGCAAAACGUGCAACAUAUUGGUAAUUCCGACAGACUAGUUACAAUAGAGAAUGGUACUAUUAAGAGUGACGAUAAGCAACUGGUGAAAAAAAAGUUUACAACAAAAGAAAAUACAACUACUGAAACAAAGUUGGUUGAAAAUCUUGAAGCGGAUGACAAUGUUUACCAAGAAGUGAAAGCUUCAGGAAAAGUCAAAUUAGAAGCGUAUCAAAAAUAUUUAGAAGCUUGUGAUGGAAUUUCAAAAAUUUUUGGUAUUUUUUUCCUGGUUGUAUUAACCCAGGUUUUGAAAACUAGUGUUAUCAAGCUACAAGCUAACUGGAUUCGCACCGAACAACUUAUCUUCAAGAAUUCUACCACGACGAAGGCACUAGAAAAUCGACAAAGAAUGAUCUACGUUCUUCCCAUUUUAAUAAUAGCGGCAACUGUGCUCUUCAUAGUCAACACAACACUUUACUGGUUUCUGGCUAAAAAGGCUUCCAUAUCUAUACACAAAUUGUUGUUGUCUAAAAUUGUAAAUUCUUCGAUAGAAUUCUUCAAUAGCCACUUCGCUGGAAACAUAUUAAAUCGCUUUUCGGAAGAUAUGCUCUAUCUUGACGAAUUCGUACCGAGAACAUUCUACGAUAUGUUGAGAAACAUUGCAGCAACAACCGGAAUCAUAAUUCUUGCAGCGACAGUAAACGUCUAUUUUUUGAUCGCGUGUUUGGCGUUUGGUGCAAUAAUCAUCACUUUAAGAAUGAUUUAUAUAAGAACAGGACGGGCACUAAAGCGACUGGAGUUUUCAACACGGAGUCCUUUAGUUGGUCACAUUAACGCAACACUAGAGGGACUGGCGACUAUUAGAAUUUCCAAACAACAAAAUCUUCAACGUGAGGAAUUUGAUAAACGCCAGAAUUUAUAUACUUCGGCUUCGUACAUGUAUAUGACUUGUGAAAAAGCCUUCCAUUUUACUAUUGACAGCUGUGGUGUGUGUUUUAGCACUUUUGCAAUUAUUUUAUUUUUAGUUUUAGAUGAAGACAUAUCGUCAGACAAUGUAGGCCUCGGUCUCUUGCAGAUAUUUUUACUUACCAUAACGCAACAGUUUUUGUGCCGUUCUUGGACCAGACUCGAAAACUACAUGACGACAGUCGAAAGAAUUCUACAAUACACUAAGCAAAAGCAAGAAAAUGAAAACGGCGUAGUUGUGACAAACUGGCCUUCACAAGGCGAAAUAAGAUACGAACACGUAUAUUUUGGCUACAACACCACCAACGUAUUAAACGAUUUAAAUUUUGUUGUAAAGUCGAAGACAAAAUUUGCUAUAGUUGGACGAACUGCUGCCGGGAAAACUUCACUGACGUCUCUUCUUUUUCGUCCAUAUGGAUUCAAAGGACACAUAUUUAUUGACAAUGUUGACAUAGCUACUCUUAGUUUAGAUUUGCUCCGGUCCAACGUGUUUAUAAUUUCGCAAGAGUCUACUUUGUUUUCAGGAAGUCUUCGCGACAACAUUGAUCCUACGAAGAAGUUUUCUGACGAUGAAAUUUGGCAAGCUUUGAAAAUGGUGCAUUUAGCGGGACUGUUUCAAAGUUUGGAAGAUAAAAUUUGUCAAGAUACAAAACUGAGUGCUGGGCAAGAACGAUUGGUUUGUUUGUGUAGGGCUAUUGUGCGGAAAAGCAAGGUUGUAAUUUUGGAUGAGGUUACAGCGAAUGUUGAUUCUGAUACGGAAUCCGUAAUACAUAGCGUAAUUUCAAGUAGUUUUGGGGAUAGCACUGUCAUCGUCAUAACCCACAAAUUUCGGUAUAUACUAGGUUUUGACAACGUUCUGGUUUUAGACAAUGGUACUGUAGCUCAGGUUGGUGAUCCGCGUCGUCUACUAGAAGACAGAAACGGAAUCUUUUACAAAUUGUAUGAGAAAAACCAUAAACAAUAA